AUGAACGAGAAGAUAACACAAGGUACCACCAAUCAAUCAGACAUCCCACUUGAAAACGGUUCAAAGCUGCCGGUCGAGAUUCUUAAUCGCAUCCUGAACUACGUUCUCCGCCUCCCCACCGAUAAGCCGCGGUGCACCAUUUACAAUGGCGGUCCGUCAGAACUUGCGACCGCAUUCCUUCCCGACACGUCUGAGUUAUGCAUUCGGCUCCUUAGUUUAAGAUUAGUUUGCAGAACAUGGGCUCAGGUGAUCACCGCAAUGUAUUUCUAUACUAUCGAGUUGUGGCAUUCGAUUCGCGUAAAAACUCUUAUGGACAACUGGAGCAAUUCUAUUUUUGGCUUAAACCUCACAAGUCCCGUGAGGCGCCUUUACAUCAGAUUUUUGUGGAAUAAAGAAUUAGAUGACUCCGAUGAUGAAGAUAACUGGUUUGAUGAAGAUAACUGGUUUGAUGAGGGUCGCAAAGAAUACCCUCCAGUGACGAUGAGUCAGGCGGUACGGCUCAUAGAAAUGCUCGGCCUUAACUUGAACAAGGUGUUCUUUCACUUUAAUUUGUCAAUGGGUGUUUCACCAGCUAUGGUCGAAGCUUUUAAGGCCCUCAAAGAGCUAAAAGAAUUGGGCAUUUCACAUCUUUCUGAGCCCAUCUCAUCACGGGGAAUAUACGAUCCACAGUCUUUAGCGGAUCUGAUUACUGCUGUUCCUCAAGUUGAAUCCUUGAAACUUAACUAUUGGAAUCUCAAAGGUUUCGAACUAGGACCUAAUGCUCUAUCCAAGUUGAAGAAGUUUUCUUUUGCACCUUCUAGCUCCAACAUCGAAGCUCUCACUCACAUUUGCAAGACCGCAAAAGAUAGUCUAAAAGUUAUCGGGCUUUCUUAUUCAAACGAAUCAGAAGACAGUGAUAGCGGUACAGAGAGUUCCUUUUCAGAAGAUCAACUUAACAUCAGUACCAUCUUUGAACCAAUCAAAGAUAAUCUCGAGGGUUGCUUUACUAAAGCCUUCAACGAUCAGAUCUCCCCUUCUGUUCUCAAGAUGGAAUUUUCAAAACUUCGAGUAUUCUGUACUUGGUAUCUCUCAUGUCAAGACUUGACACUGGAUUGGCUAGACUGGCGAAUGUUUCAAAAUGUUCGAACAUUUGUGAUGCUCCUCAAACCUUGGGAGAGGUAUUGGAAGGAAACUUUAGAAUCAGCCAGUGUCAACGCUUUUCAAAAAGUACCCAAUUUUAAACACAUAGUCUUCGUGGACCACGUUGUGCAACGAAGUCCUCAGCUGGUCGAGGCCUUUAAAUUGCGAGGGAUUCAGUGUCACUAUACAAGAACAUCAACACCUGAGGAAUUGAUGGUCAGUAUGAAUUCCGUUUUUGAACAAAAUAUAAUUCAACAGUACAAAACUCAGCAACUCAUGCUCAAUUUGCAAAUUGUUGUAGGAACUGGACUCUAA